UUUCCAUGUGUCAGAGGGCACAUGCGAAAAUUUACAAAAUAUUUAAAAAACAAGUUAAAUAAUUUCAAUUAAGUUUGUUCGAAUAAAACAGUGCCAAAAUGUCGCUCUACAACUUCAAGAAAAUCGCGGUGGUGCCCACUUCAAAGGACUUCAUCGAUAUAAUUUUGUCUAAAACCCAAAGAAAAACUCCCACAGUAGUUCACAAGCAAUACAAAAUCACUAGGAUCCGUGCAUUUUAUAUGCGCAAAGUCAAAUUUGCCCAACAAAGUUUUCACGAUCGCUUAACGCAAAUUCUAACUGAGUUCCCCAAACUAGACGAUGUCCAUCCAUUUUAUGCUGACUUGAUGAACGUCCUUUACGACAAGGACCAUUACAAAUUAGCUUUGGGUCAAACAAACACUGCAAGGCAUUUAAUUGAUAAUGUCGCCAAGGAUUAUGUGAGAUUAUUGAAGUAUGGUGACUCUUUGUAUCGUUGCAAACAACUUAAAAGAGCUGCAUUGGGUCGUAUGGCCACCAUAAUGAAAAGACAAGGCUCUAAUUUGACUUAUUUGGAACAAGUGAGGCAGCAUUUGGCUAGGUUGCCUUCUAUAGAUCCUUACACUAGAACAAUUAUCAUUUGUGGAUUUCCUAAUGUAGGCAAAUCUUCGUUUAUCAAUAAAAUAACUAGGGCUGAUGUCGAAGUACAACCCUAUGCCUUUACCACCAAAAGUUUAUAUGUUGGACACACAGAUUAUAAAUAUUUACGUUGGCAAGUUAUUGAUACUCCAGGAAUUUUGGAUCAUUCUUUGGAAGAAAGAAACGUAAUUGAAAUGCAAGCUGUAACUGCUUUAGCCCAUUUAAGAGCUUGUGUCUUGUAUUUCAUGGAUUUAUCCGAACAAUGUGGUCAUACCCUAGAUGAACAAGUCAAAUUGUUUGAGUCAAUUAAACCACUUUUUGCUAACAAACCUUUGAUUAUUGUUGCCAACAAAACUGAUAUUGUUAAAUUGGAGGAAUUGAGCCCAGAACGUAGAGCUGUUUUGAAGGAAAUUGAAGAAGAUAAUGAAAUCAGUUUUAUGGAAAUGUCCACUAUAACCGAUGAGGGGGUGAUGGAAGUGAAAAUAGAGUCUUGCGAAAAGUUGCUCAGUUUUAGAGUAGAUCAGAAGAUGAGGAGCAAAAAAGUUGAUGGGGUAUUGAACAGACUUCAUGUGGCCAUGCCAAAACCUAGAGACAACAAAGAAAGGCCUCCUUGUAUUCCGGAAAAUGUGCUAAUCAAGAAACAACAGGAAGCUGACAAAAGAAAACGUAAAUUGGCCAGAGACUUUGAAGUGGAAGAAGGCGAUGAUUAUAUUGUGGAUUUGGCUAAGGAAUAUACUGAUAUUCCAGAAGAUGAAAGACACGAUAUUCUACCAGAAAUCUGGGAAGGUCACAAUAUAGCCGACUACAUUGAUCUGGAAAUAUUCGAAAAGUUAGCAGAACUGGAAAAGGAAGAAGAAAUCAGAGAAGAAACUGGCAUGUAUGUGGUACCCAAGAUCGAGCUGGACGAAACCAUGCAAGAAAUCAAAAAAUUGGCUUUGCAAAUCAGACACAAAAAGGCAAUACUCAAGGACGAGGCUAGAAUCAACAAGCAGAGCAGAAAACCUGUUGUACCACGUACCACAGGAGCAAAGGUUAGAGACCGUUCUGUUCAAAAAUUACGUAAGAGCAUGGAAACUCUUGGUGUUGACAUGUCAGGAAGCACAGAAGCAAACUUUACCAAAACCAAACAGAAAAUCAGGUCUGUAGUAGGAGGUACAGUAGCAAAGAAAGCCCGUAUGGAUAUGGAUACUAACAGAUCGCUCAGCCAAUCGAGGGCCAUGGUUAAACCUCCAAGGAACGAACAAGGUAUCAAGGAUCUUGCCAUGAAAAAGAAGUUGGCGCAGAUUGCCCACAGGGCGAUCAGUAAGAAGGUGGGCAGGAUGGGUCUCAAGGGUGAAGCUGACAGAUUUAUUGGAACUAAAAUGCCUAAGCAUUUGUUCUCUGGCAAACGAGGCACUGGAAAAACAGAUAGAAGAUAAACAAUUUUUGGUUAUUUUUAAUUUUUUGGAGGAAAAUAUUGAUUUUUAUGAAUACAUGAGAAAACUUUGUAUUUUGCUGUUAUUAUUAAAUAAACAGAAUUUGACUUUCUUUUG